AUGGCUGUCGUGGACUCGACGUAUCGGUUCAGACUAGUUGACAUAGGUGCUGAAGGUAGACUAAGUGACUCAGGUGUCUUCAAGAACUCCCCGAUUGGGUUUCACCUCGAGGCUGGCACACUCGGAAUACCUGGGCUGGCACGGAUACCAGGGACGGAACUGGUUGCUCCCCAUGUCUUCAUAGGAGAUGAAGCAUUCCAGUUACGCGCUGAUUUUCUGCGGCCAUAUCCAGGCAGCAACUUACCCGUAGACAAGAGAAUAUACAACUACAGGCUAAGCCGUGCUAGGAACUGCGUGGAAAAUGCCUUCGGUAUUCUGUCAGCACGCUGGAGGACACUACUGCAUACCAUCAACUUUGCACCGAAAAACGUGGACCUGAUUGUCAAGGCAGCCUGCAUUCUUCACAACUUCUUGCUAGACCACGGAGACGACUCGGCUGACUAUGGUGACAGAGAGGACGCAUUCGGCAAUAUUACUGAGGGACGGUGGCAUGAAGAACUAAGUGACAGCGUUCUACAGUCUAUCCAGAGCACCCAUGCUCGGAACCACAGCAGGGAGGCAGUAGCAGCUCGAGAUAUUUUUGCUCGUUACUUUAACAGUACUGAGGGUGCGCUGACAUGGCAGUGGGCGAGAGCACAGCCUCCAGCGCCUUUGUAA